GUCAAUUUGACCUCGACUUCCCCAAAGACUGGGUGGACGAUGAAAGAAUGACGACGCGGGGUGGGUGACGCGCUCUGACAUCAAACGCAGCUGGCUGCAUUCGAAGGUAUAAGUAUACCAUGGUUGUGUCGAGGCAAUUGUUCAUUUUCAAUUCAACCAAGUGAUCACAUCUCGCCCACCGUACACUCCAUUCUCUACAACAAUUUCUCAAAAUGUCCUCCGCUGAAGACAGAGUCAAUGCCAUGCGUGGCUACAAGGCCACCAUCAACAACCCCAGAGUCUCCGAUGAGGCCAAGCAGAACGCUCAGUCCAUGCUCGACCAGCUUGGCGGCUCUCAGCCCUCGGACGAGUUGCACAACCUCCGUGGUGACAACCAGAAGGACCCCAACCGCGUCGCGGGUGGACUCAAAGCUGCGCAGAACAACCCCGGUGUGUCGCAGCAGGGCAAGGAGGCCGCCGGGCAGAAGCUGAACCAGAUGGGCGGUCCGGAUGAGUAAGGGCUUGUUUUCGAGCGUGGUAUGACUAAUGUAUUAUGUAUAAUUGACGCUGUACUACUAUGACGGAAUAUAUCCGAUGCUUGUCAC